AUGCCCUCCAGCCGCCGAUACUCGUCCUCCGAGUUCAGGGACUAUGAUCGAACCCCCUCCAGGAGCACCAGCACCAGGAGAUCCCGCCCGCGCUCUCGGCAAGAAGGGCCCACUGUCUUGCCACCGUCAAGCUCUUAUUACGACACGCGCAGAUCCACCAGUAGCUACUAUCCACCCUCAAGGUCGUAUGAUCCCAGGAGAAGCAGAAGAUACUCCGCGUCGUAUUACGACCAGCCUGACUCCGGGUAUGACUACGGGUAUGAUGACUACGACGAAGAAGAAGUUGAAGCUCAGAGGCGAGAACAAGCUGAAGCUCAGAGGCGAGCACACGCCGAAGCUCGGAGGCGAGAACAAGCCGAAAUUCAAAGGCGUUACGAGGAUUUUGCUGCCUGGGAGGAAUCACAAAUCGAUACAGUCACCAACAGUGUCACGAACCGUUUCUUGCCUGAAGUUGAAAACAGUCUAUGGAGGCUGUCUGCCAAACAAGGAGCACCCGAAUCUCGUGUCCCGCGCGCAGAUAUCGCCCGUAGUAUAGCACAUGAGAUCAAGGAGACUCUGAAGACGGAAGUGGACCGCCGCCGACGGACCAGGAACACGAGGGGUGAUAUUCGCUCUGUCCAGAUCAGAUCAGAGGGCCUCUCGCUAACGGGAGACGGGAAGGAGCUGACUAUCAAGAAAGUGUCGAUUUAUGGAAAUGACUGGUCAUGUGCAAGGCCGAGGUUCGACAUGGAAUUCACCAGUAAUGGUGGUGAAGAUGACGAAGAGUAG